AUGGAUGUUGCCAAAAAUGGGAAGGGUGGAGUAUUCUUUUUGUAUGGGUAUGGUGAAACUGGCAAAACAUUUGUUUGGAAGACUUUAGCAGCUGCAUUGAGAUCUAAAUCACAGGUUGUACUUACUGUUGCAUCGAGUGGUAUUGCAUCUCUUUUAUUACCCGGGGAUAGGACAGCACAUUCACGUUUUUCAAUCCCACUCAAUCUAAAUGAAUUCUCAACAUGCAAUAUAAGACAAGGAAGUGCAUUGGCCGAACUGUUGAUAAAGACAAAGCUUAUCAUUUGGGACGAGGCUUCUAUGGUAAAUAGAUUCUGUAUUAAAGCUCUUGAUAGGACAAUGCGUGACAUCUUAAGAUUCAAGAAUCCAAAUAGUCUUCACCAGCCAUUCGGUGGGAAGACAGUUGUUUUUGGGGGAGACUUUCGACAGAUAUUGUCGGUGAUCCCUAAAGGGACUCGGCAAAAGAUUGUUAACGCCACUAUAAACUCAUCUUACAUCUGGAAUGAUUGCAAGCUCUUGACAUUGACAAAAAAUAUGAGAUUGAGAUCAGGUGAUUCCAACACAAGGUCGUUUGAGUUAAAAGAGUUUGUCGAUUGGAUACUUGGUAUUGGUGAUGGUAGUCAUGGAACUCCAACGGAACAAUGUCAGAAGAUUCUAAUCCCAGAUAACAUACUGGUUAAAGACUGGGAUGAUCCUAUUGAGGCAAUUUGCAAGGUUACUUAUCCAAAACUUUUUUAUGGCACCAAUGCUGAUGAAAACAUUGAAGACCGAGCAAUACUUGCACCAACAUUGCAAAUAGUUGAUGAGAUAAACCAAUUCAUGAUGAGCUUAAACCCUACUGAACCUCAGAUAUACUAUAGCUCAGACAAGGCAUGCCCAACUGAGUCUAACAAUGACUUAUUGGCGUCCAUUCACACACCUGAAUUCCUGAAUACAAUUAGAUGCUCAGGAGUACCCAAUCAUGAGCUGACAUUAAAGGUCGGAACUCCUAUCAUGCUUUUAAAGAACAUUGACCACUCGGCAGGAUUGUGCAAUGGAACACGUUUGGUUCUCACUAAGCUUGGAAAACACAUAAUAGAAGCACAUGAUAGUGCCGAAAAGAACAAAGCUCAGAAAGUCUUUAUUCCUAGGAUGACUCUAAGUCCUUCCGAUCAUCGAAUACCAUUUAAGUUCCAACGAAGACAGUUUCCUAUAAUGGUAUCAUACGCGAUGACUAUAAACAAGAGCCAAGGGCAAUCAUUAGCGAAUGUUGGAUUACUUCUCAAAAAACCUGUUUUCACCUACGGUCAGCUUUAUGUUGCAGCAUCUAGGGUGACACACAGGGGAGGUCUUAAGAUACUUUUAUGUCAUGAUGAGGAUAACUGUACCGAAACGGAUAAUAUUGUUUUUAAAGAAGUUUUUAGAAAUGUGGCUUAA